AUGGCAGGUGUUGAUCUACAGCAGUCUCUGGGCAUCAGCCUGCCUCCGGGAUUCUUCCUCGAAACCGCAGCAGCUCGGCCAGACAUGUACAACUCCCUCUUUGAUCCCUCUCACCCAAUGAGCUCUCUCUGGCCCCAAUUCAUUACAUCGACGCCUAUUUCAGAAAAAUACUGGUCACAAUUGACAGCGAUUCCGUUUUUCGCAUCUUACCAGCUGAUGAUACUCCACAAAGAUGUGGGGAACAAACACGAAUCUGUGGUGGCUUGUGGAAAUUCGAUACCAGUAUAUUGUCCACUCAACGACUUGCCCGAUGGUGGAUGGGAAGCUGUCCUGCAGAGUGGCAUUGAAAACUACCAUGCCGGCCAUAGACAGCCCCCCAAUUUGCUGUCCGCGCUCGGUGUCACAGUAGUCCCUGCUCAUCGACAGCACAGGCUGGCUGAUAUCUUGAUCCAGGCUUUGAGAUCGCUCGCUAGUCGGGCCCACUUCCAAGCCUUGGUCGUCCCAUUGCGGCCAACCAGGAAGAGCGAGCAUCCCAUGGUGCCUUUGGAGGAGUACGUGCAUUGGGAAAUUGAUGAUCAAGCGCAUCCUCAGGGUCGUAUCCCGUAUGAUCCAUGGCUGCGGAAACACCUCGCCUAUGGUGGCCAAAUUGUUCGAAUUGCUCCCCGCAGUAUGACAAUUGCGGCGCAUGAAGAUCAAUGGAAAGACUGGACAGGGUGUGACUUGGCUGUCUUAGCUGCGUCGUCCACGGCGACCUCGUCGGAGACCUAUGUCGAAGUGCCUAUUCCCCGUGCCCUGGUCCCUGUCCGAUAUGACCCCGUCUCCAAGAUCGGUUCGUAUGUGGAGCCCAAUGUUUGGGUAGUGCACCCAAUGCAUUAA